AUGGUGGACGGUACGAAGCUUCCCAUCCAUGGCGAAGCAUCACUGCAGCUGCAUAUAGGUGCGUUACGAUGGAAGCCGACGUUGCCGAUCACGAACAUCAAGGGAUUAGACUUCAUCUUGGGGCGAGAUUUCCUGAAGCGGUUCAACCCCGAGAUCGAUUGGGUCAAUCGGAAGGCGUGCAUCUACAACAACGGGAAACGAGUGGAGCUGCGAAGCUGGAUGGAUACAGGGGAUGUUCCUGAAACGACACUGGCACGGUUCGAACAGACGGUGAACGAGAGUAACACGGGUUACCUCGCACUAGUCAUGGCAGCAGCAGAAGAGGUGAAACCGGGUUCCGAGCUACCCGCAGCAGUGAAAGAGGUCUUGGAGCAGUACAAAGAUAUAAUGCCCGACGACCUACCUGCAGGCGUACCUCCUGCACGCACCCACGAGCACGAGAUCGUGGAGGAACCAGGUGCGAAACCCGUCUCACGUGCACCAUACCGACUGAGUCCGACCGAACUGACAGACAUGAAAAAACAGAUCGAAUAUUUACUGGACAGACAACUGAUCCGCCCAUCCACCUCUCCCUACGGAGCACCAGUUCUCUUCAUACCUAAACCAGACGGCAGUUUACGGAUGUGCAUCGACUACCGCGCACUGAACAAACAGACAGUUAAAAACAAAUACCCCAUACCGCGCAUCGACGACUUACUGGACCAACUGCGUGGUGCAACAGUUUUCUCGAAGCUGGACCUACGGUCGGGUUACUGGCAGAUCAAGAUGGCGGACAACUCGAUCCACAAGACGGCGUUCCGUACGAGAUACGGCUCCUACGAGUACUUAGUGAUGCCGUUCGGACUCUGCAACGCACCAGCGACGUUCCAGGCGGAGAUGAACCACAUCCUACGGCCCUUGCUGGACGAGUGCGUAGUAGUGUACCUGGACGACAUUCUUGUUGGACCGAGUGACCCCACGCUGCAGGAAGAUUGGGACGAGCGCUCCUCGGCUGGCUACUAUUUGAUGUCGCAGAGUUUGGAGCUGAACCAGCGUCACCACGUCAUGCACCUGCUGCCGGAGGUUGAAUGCGGUCCGAAGGCGUGGACCGUGUUGAAGGAGCUGCACGCCCCGACCUCCGUUGUCGCAACGUUGAUGCUGGAGAGGGAGCUGUCCGCGUUGCGCCUGAGCGAGGGAGAGCCGGUGCAACCAGUCCUGGACAAGAUGCGCGACCUCUACGCGAAGUUGGCGACUGCGGGAAUCACCUACCCGGAGCAGACCAAGUGCUUGAAGAUGCUCUCGCUGCUGCCAGAAUCGUGGCUUCAAUUUACGAGCGGAUUGAGCCUGCCGCAGAACCAGAGCUUGUGGACGCUCGAGUGGGUGCGGACGAAGAUUCUGGAGGAGGACUUCCGUCGCCGCCAACUGAGGGGUGGAGACGACGGCAGCAGCGGCUACGGGAUGCAAGGGAGCCGACGUGGCAGAGAACGUGGCUUCGGUGGUGCUGGACGCGGUGCAAAGAAAGACGACGACUCCAACGACCAACAAGGAGGUACCGGUUGGGGUCGCGGUGCGAAAUCUGGACGUGGGGGCAAGUCGGGUGCUGGUGGCAAAAUGAAAGGGAGUUGCUGGUAUUGUGAGAAGGAAGGGCACCCCUGGUUUUUGUGCUAUAAGAAACCCGAUGGAUGGACCCCCCAGAAUCGUCACCAGGAUGGCGGCGCGCGGAGGAACCAGAAAAACGGCGCCAACAUGGUCGCUGAUUCGUCCGACAACAACCCGAAGGGCAACGGCGGUGCGGAGAAGAAGAAGGAGCGCACCGCGGGCCAAUUCUUCCAUGUGGGAGACAAGGGGGAGCAAGGAGACGCCUCUGCCAAAGUUGGAGAAGAGCUGCACCCCCUAGACUAUUGGGUGUUGGACACAGGCGCUGCUUGGACGAUGACGCCGCGCAAGGACCUGCUGGACGAAGUACGAGCUGCACCGAUCAAUGAAGUGUGCUCUGCCUCUGGACACAUGUUGAAGGUGGCUGGUGCGGGACGAGCUGCGUUUAAGGGAGCGGAUGGCAAGCCGGUGGUGCUGCACGACGUUCUCUUCGUCCCCGACCUGAAGGCCAACCUUAUCUCCCUCCGUAAGCUUGGCAAGGCUGGGGUGAACACCAACACGGAUGGGGCACGCACUUAUAAGGGGAAGCUGGGCAAUCGGGUGCUUUGGGAUCUGCACGAGAGCAAGGACGUGUACAGAUCUAUGUGGCAGCUGCCGGCCCUGGCGUGGCAUGGUGGGGGGCAGGCUGGAGAGGGGUCUGCAUCCCAGGGGGAGUGCAAUGCCGUUGGAGGGGUUGGUGUGAAAGUGUCGGCCAGAUCUGGGGAGACAGAUUGGGCAACGGCACACCGGCGCUUAGGGCAUGUGGCAAUGCCUUUGCUGAAGCAGCUGGAGAAGGACGGAGCCGUUAAGGGUCUGAAGCUGAACGGACAGCCACCCGAUGACAACUGUGAAAUCUGUUUGCUUUCAAAGUUCACCCGUUUCCCUUUCCAUAGUGUGGCUGGCAGGAGCAAGAAGCCUUUGGAGCUGGUCCACAUGGACUUGAGCAGGCUGAUGUGGGCGUAUCCGCUGAAGCAGAAGGACCACGCCGCCUCCACGAUACGGGACGAUUGGCUGCCAUUCGUGGAGAAGCAGGCGGAGUGUGUAGUGAAGCGGAUUAGGACAGACCGGGGUGGUGAGUUCCUUGGAGCUGAAAUGACGGCCUGGCUCAAGAAGCAGGGCAUCCAGAGAGAGCUGACCACGGCUUAUACCCCACAGUCCAAUGGUGUAGCAGAACGGGCAAACCGGACCAUUCUGGAGACAGCUAGGGCGCUGCUCAUAGAAUCUGGGCUGAGCAAUUCUAUGUGGCCUCAUGCUGUCCGGCACGCCACUGUCGCUAGGAACAGGGUGCUCACCAAGGUUGGGGAUGACUCGUGGGUGCCGUUGGAGAGGUGGCUUGGGAGGAAGCCGCCGGUGGAUAUGCUGAGGGUGUUUGGCUGCAUGGCAGUCGCCCACGUCCCCAAGACCUACCGCAGUAAGUUGGGGGCGAGUGCAAUCUGGUGUGUGCAUUUGGGGCUGGCUGCUGAGAGCAAGGGAUGGCUGCUGUGGGAACCAUCCAAGGGUGUGUUGUUUGACAGCAGGGAUGUGAAAUUCAUUGAGGGCAUGAUGUAUGGGAGCUGGGAGAAACAGCCGGAGGCAAGGGUGUCCCAGCAGAUGGAGCAGAUCACCAUGCAGCUGGACCUGACUCCUAGUGUGUGGGAGGAGGGAGAGGAGGCAGCUGGUGGAAAUGGUGAUGGAGAGAAGGUACAGGAGGCAUCUGCUGGUGGAGAAAAUGGUGUGGAAACUGGCGGCAGCACUAGUGGAGCUGCUGGACCCGAGGGAGGAGAGAAGCAGCAGGGAAAAACUAAGAAGCCGAAGGGUGUCGUUAUGAAGGGAUGGGAGACACCCGUCUCCAGGCCAGGACGUACCCGUAUGGCUACUAAGAAGCUGACUGCAGGAACUGAUGCAGCAGAGCAGCAGCUAGGGACCGAAGAGGCAUUGCUGAUUCUACCUCAUGGCUAUGACCCGGAUGAGGAGGAUGAGCCUGCGUACUGUUUUCUUGCCCCUGCACCAGAGGAACCAGCUAGCAUGGAGGAGGCAUUAGCUGGACCAGAUAGGGACAAGUGGCUGGCUUCUAGGGAUGCUGAGUACCAGAGUCUGCUGGAGAAUAGGACAUGGGAUCUGGUGGUGCUGCCUGAUGGGAAGAAAGCGAUACAAUGCAAGUGGGUGCUGAGGAUCAAGACCGAUGACAAGGGGCAGGUCACCAUCUACAAGAGUAGGCUGGUGGCGAAGGGGUUUAUGCAGAAGGAGAAGCAGGACUUCAACGAGAUCUUUGCUCCCACUGCCAAACCCCCUACCCUCCGUGUCUUGUUGGCAGAUGCAGCUGUUAGUGGGAAAUUUAUCAUUCAGAUGGAUAUUUCAACGGCAUUCCUGAAUGGGAUUUUAGAGGAGGAUGUGUACAUGACGCAGCCGCCUGGGUAUGAGGAUGGUACGGGCAGGGUGUGCAAGCUCAACAAGUCCAUCUACGGCUUGAAGCAGGCGCCACGCUGCUGGUACCAGAAGUUGGCAGCUGUUUUAGAGGAGAUGGGAUUCAGGACCAGCAGCUGUGAUGAGAGCCUCUUUCUCAAGGGCGAGGGGGAGAAGCUGGUGCUGUUUCUGGUCUAUGUGGACGACAUUCUUCUCUUCAGCAGCAGCAUGAAGGAGAUCCAGAAAGUGCAGCAGCAACUGAUGGAAAACUUCAAGUGCAAGAACCUUGGGGAGGUAAAGUACUACCUCGGGAUGCACGUGGAGAGGGAUCCAGAUCACAGGUGGUUGAAGCUGCACCAGGAGAAGUUCAUCAAGGAGCUGGGGGAGAAGUAUGGGAUUGAGAAUGAGCGCAAGGUUGCAACUCCCCUGCCAGCAGAAUUCAAGCUUGUGAAGGCUGCAGAGGAUGAAGGGGUUGAAGCUGAAGAGCAGCAGCAAUUUCAGUCCUUGGUGGGCAGCCUCUUGUACGCAGCAGUUCACACGAGGCCCGACAUCUCUUUCUCGGUUGGGCAGCUGGCUAGGGUGGUGCAGAAUCCAUCAGAGGAGCAGGUGGAUGCAGCUGAGCGUGUGGUGAAGUACCUGAACUCUCACCCAAGCAUUGGAGUUCAAUACUCCGCAUCUGCACAGGUGAAGCAGAAAGGGGUGGAGGUGCUGAAAGAGAAGGGGGAGAGGCUUGGAGAAGGCAAGCUAUUUCUCACUUGCUUUACCGAUGCUACGUGGGCUUCUGAGAAGGAGGAUUCCUCAUCUGUGGGAGGAUACAUCUGCGUAGUUGGGGGAGGACCUGUUAGUUGGAGGUCCAAGAAGCAGACGGAGACGGCACUCUCUUCCGUAGAAUCAGAGUACAUGGCGAUGUUCCAUGGGGUGAAGGAGGUGAUUUGGCUGAGGAGGCUGUUAGAGGAGAUUGGCCAGGAGCAGAAAGUUGCUACGCCGCUGUUUUGUGAUAGCAAGGGGGCUCUUGGGAUGGCCAGAAACGCUGUGCUUCAUGGGCUGAACAAGCACAUGCGUAUCAAGUGGCACUGGCUGCGUAAGGAGGCCCUUACAUCAACAAUUCUCAUCUACUCCAAGAACAUGAAGGAGCACGUGGAGCAUCUGCGGAAGGUUUUCGAGAUCCUGCAGAAAACCAGGUUCUACGUAGUUGAAGCAGACGCUAGUGACCAGGCAGUCGGAGCAGUACUGAUGCAGGAUCACGGGAACGGUUUACAGCCUAUCGCCUACCUCAGUAAGAAACUACACGGAGCUGAACUGAACUACCCCAUUUACGACAAGGAAGCCUUCCCUAUAGUCGUAGCCUUCAAGGCGUGGAGGUGUUACCUAGAGGGAGCCAAGACCACAGUAUACACUGACCACUGCAGCAUCAAAUACCUGAAGUCACAGCCGACGCUCUCACGACGACAGGUGCGGUGGGUGGAUUUCUUGGAGACCCACUUCCACUACGACAUCGUCUACAAACCCGGGCUACACAACAAAGCAGACGCGUUGAGCCGCCCAGGUCAUGUAGCAGGCAUCCAGCUCGACGGGAUGAACCCUCUGCUCAAGGGUCUAUUCCAAUAUGGGAAAGAUUUGGGUACCGAAUUAUGCCCCGCUACGGCAGAUCCUACUGGAGGAGUUCAGGACGUACCAUAUGCGGGACAUUUCGGGAGCAACAGGACGUUGGCGGGAAUAGCGAAGUAUUACUACUGGCCCCGGAUGGCAGCAGAGAUGCAGCAGUUCGUCACCUCCUGCGACACGUGCCAGCGGAUGAAGAGUAGCAAGCAGAAAAAAGCAGGGUUACUUCAGCCUCUACCUGUACCGGAGCAGCCAUGGCAGGUCGUUAGCCUCGACUUCAUCACGGGACUUCCUUCGACCUCACGGGGACACGAUUCCAUCCUCGUAGUCAUCGAUAAGUUCUCCAAAAUGGGUCACUUCAUACCGACCAACGCCACAGCUACUGCUGAAGCAACUGCUCGACUCUUCUUCGACCGCAUCAUCACCAUCCACGGCAUCCCCGCUACACUCAUCUCAGACAGAGACCCCAAAUUCACGAGUAAAUUCUGGAAGGAGUUUAUGGGACUAUUGGGGACUAAGCUUGCGAUGUCUUCAGCAUACCAUCCCCAGACUGACGGACAAACAGAGCGACUCAAUCAGGUGGUUGAACAGUUACUGCGCACAGCUUGCAAAGACGACAUCAGCCACUGGGACACACAGUUACCGACCCUAGAGUCCGCCUAA